AUGGCGAAUGAAUCGAAAUGUCCAAGUUGUAUCAAGCCACACCUUGACACCAUCCACAACCGACGCAUGAACCAAGGUCAGAAACAACCACCGCCGCAGGGCAAUCCGGCAGUUCCAUUCCCAAAUGAAUCUUCAAUCUGGGAGGUCUAUAUAAACGAAUCAAUCGUCGCAGAUAAUGAACUGGUGAAAGAUUGGACAUCCAGUCUUAACUUUCUCCUGGCCGCCAUAUUCUCCUCUGUCCUUUCAGCAUUCAUCAUUGAGAGCAAGCAGAUGCUCCAACAAGAUCCUGCUGAUGUAAUGGUCGACGCUCUCAUCUUCUUCAUCAACAACACCGCCAACGGCACUCAUACACCCUACUCCCGCACCUCAUUCUCUCCCGCACCUUACGCCGUAUCAGUGAACUGCCUCUUCUUCGCUAGCUUGAGUGCCAGUAUCGUCGCAGCUUUGGCGAGUGUAGUAUCACUACAAUGGGUAGCUGAAUACGACGCGGCCGUUAGUCGAAGUGGGUCAUCUCCGGAAGACCGUGUGAAGCGAAGACAGUUCCGUACCAUCAGUUGUAUCCUGAGCGUCGCGUUGGGCUACUACGCGUACACGACUCACGAAAAGUUUCAUUUCACGAUCGUUUACUUAAAAUCCAUUGAACCAAUCCUUGCAUCGGCCAACGUCGCAGCAAAGAAAGUAGAUGAAUGGAUAGAGGAUAUGGCUAACGCAUCUGCUGCAAAUAACGCCGGUGGGAACGCGGCAUCCAACGUUAAGGAAACCAACUUCAACAAAGCAAGACUAUUCUUGGAUGGUCACGAGCUAGGUGGCAGAGGAAUAAUUUUAAAGAGGCUAUUUGAUGCUAUUGCCAUCCUUAAUGCGGACCUAAGAAGAAGCUUCAUGCUGUUGGAUUGUUAA